UAGUUAAUUGAGACACUUAAAAUCAUCAUCAUAAUUCAUAAAUCAUAAUAAUGAAAAAAUCAUAUAAACGGCGUCGUAAAACCUUUCAGACACAAGUCACGCCCAUCGCAUGCUCUCUGCAUUCUUGUUGGGACCAUUUUCGAAUCUUGGUAGGUAUCACAGUUUAUUAUUCUUUUCUUCUUCUUCUCCUCCAACUCUGACUUACUCUGAUACGCAACCAUUCUCUAGACAAUGGCUGCUAAUUUUAUUCUCCAACCUGCGGGUUUUCUUGACGUUCCUCCCUUUGGAUCUUCUAGAAUAUUCGGGAAAUUAAUCUCAUCGCGCUUUUUUUGCAAUGCUAGCCACCAUAAAUUCAAUCCCGUUAUUGCAUCCAUUUGUAAUGCUUCUGCUGUUGAUCCCACACCAUCGCACUCCAUUUCUCAUGGCUCAUCAACUGAGAGUACUUUGAUAUUGAUUCGUCAUGGUGAGUCGAUGUGGAAUGAAAAGAACUUAUUCACGGGAUGUUGUGAUGUGCCUUUGACAAGGAGAGGAGUAGAGGAAGCCAUUGAAGCUGGUAAGAGGAUUAGCUAUAUACCGGUUGAUAUGAUUUUUACAUCUGGGCUGAUCCGAGCAAAGAUGACAGCUAUGCUUGCAAUGACUCAGCAUCACCAAAAGAAGGUUCCAAUUAUCAUGCAUAAUGAGAGUGAACAGGCAACAACAUGGAGUCAAGUAUACAGUGAAACAACCAUAAAACAAUCCAUUCCAGUUAUAACAACUUGGCAGUUGAAUGAAAGGAUGUAUGGGGAAUUACAGGGUCUUAAUAAGAAGGAGACUGCAGAAAGAUAUGGGAAGGAGCAAGUGCACGAGUGGCGUCGCAGUUAUGAUAUUCAACCUCCCAAGGGUGAGAGCUUGGAAAUGUGCUUACGGAGAGCUGUUACCUAUUUUAAAGAAUUUAUUGAACCCCAGCUGCAAUCAGGAAAGCAUGUGAUGGUUGCUGCUCAUGCGAACUCAUUGAGGUCUAUUAUAAUGUAUCUAGACAAAAUGACCUCUCAAGAGGUCACUAAUUUAGAAUUGUCAACUGGUAUACCGUUGCUAUACAUAUAUAAAGAUGGAAGGUUUAGUAGUAGAGGGAGUCCCGUGGGACCUACAGAAGCUGGUGUUUAUGCAUAUACUGAGAGCUUAGCUGUUUACAGACAACAACUGGAUGAAAUGUCACAUUGAAGUUAUUGAUUGUAACGUCACGCGAAAGAUCAAAAUGGUAUAGUGGUCUAUGUUAAUUUUUGGUGGACGGUUUCAUAGUUUACUUUCUGGGUGUGGCUGUUCUCAGAAUUAACUUUUUUUCGUAUGCUCUAACAACCCUUCGAUCAGAUUUCCAAAUUAUCAGAAGGAAUGCAUCAAUCCUGAACAAUUUCAAGCAAAAACAUCGGAGUCCAAAUUUUUUUCUGCACUGUACAAUGUACAGUCCCCCCAGAACAGUUUUGAAUUGAGAGAUAGUGAAAAACAACUAAGAUAGAUAAUGUGACUCUAGCUAGAACUUGUGUCUGAAUGUAAGUGAUCAUUUAUCAUCUGUGUAGGUGUAGCUGUCAUGUUUUAGAGCUUAUAGAAAAUGGAUAUAGGGUUGAAAAGUGAGACCAUCAUGUCAUUUAUAAUUUGACAAAAGGAUUGUCCAUGUGUUUCCUUAUCAUCAUAUACAUGAUCAAACUGUAGUUUCGAAGGAGAAAAUAUUUCAAGAAAUAAAAAGUAUUGGAUGGCAAUGGUA